ACGGCUCCACGUAAAUCAUAAAAAUGCAGGCCUGUUCUGUGCAAGAGCGGCUGCCCGAGAGAAUAAUGAAUGUAGGCCUAACAAGUGAGAUGGCCAUCUACCUGAGAAGUUGAACUCGUUAUGGACCUCUAAAGUGGAACCUGUUCCUUCGACACCCUUACCAUCAAUGAAAAACAAGAAAAAUGGUAGCCAUCUACCUGUUUAAGGUAUGACCCACAUAUGAGGAAUGGUUUAUUCUCCUUUCCCACAGCACUUAACGAGAGGCAGUUGGAUACGCAACUCCCCUGCAGUUAGUAGAGCAGUCUCCAUGUUACUGCUACUGUGCUUCGAAAAGGGAGAGUGAAACACCGGCAUUGAGACUACGAGGUUUAAUAGCCGUUGAGCGCAACCUCCACAUCUUCAGUCGCAGUCCAUUCGUGGACUAAGAAAGAUGCUUUGUUUUUGUAGAGGACUGUUGCUUCCACCAGCGUGACAGAUUUGCAUUACGUCAGCAAGUAUAGAGUUCUGUAAAUUAGCUUCGAACGUGUGCCAAAUGAUUUGAUAGCGGAGUUUCGGGACAAUGGUUUGUGAAGUAAUUGAGUUUGGUUUAUAAUCGUUAAAAAGACGUGAACUGAACUUGACUUUGAAGAAUUUCUUAUUUGGUAUUACUGCAGACUUCUAAAAGUAUCUGUUGAAUAUUUGGAUGUUUGGGACUUCAUGAGUGUUUGUGUUUCGGAAAUGAAGUGGAAAAAUAAUAGCGCUGAAGGCCGUGGUAACGGUUGUAGCCAUGUCUGGACCACAGUGAUAUUGCUAGAGAUGAUUUUAGCCACACAUGUACUGCUGGUUGCGUCAGAAGGGGACAUCACGAGGGCAGAUGCUAUUGCAGAAGGAGUUUCGAAUAUCCCACAGUACUCAUUUCCACACUUUCGUCAUGCGGUGCCGAAUUUCCGUCGCCAGUUGUCUCAUCAUGAACAGAAAGAAAUCUUAACAGACAUCCAACAGAACCACAGGUUUCAGCAGGCACUAGUGGAUCCACGGGCCCCGACCAAUUCCCACCAACAUCCGUUCUCGAUUCUUCAGCAGCAACAGUACUCUCACCAACAAGAGCGGCAUCUAAUUCCACAGCAACCAACUUUAAAUCCAACCCAGCAAUCAGCUUAUUCUACUGUACCGCAGCUGACCCGUGAACCAUCUUCGUCUCUCUUCCCCCAACCACAGUCUCCAGUCGCAACUCAAGAAUCUCCCAUUUUGUUGUCUCUGCAACAAUCUCCGCUUUCGUCACCACAGUUUUCAUCACUGUUCUCCCAACAGCCACAGGUUCCAUUUGCAACCCAGAACUCACCUCUUUCAACUCAGCCAUCUCCGGUUUUGUUGUCACUACAGAAUUCCCCCCUGUCAAUACACCGGCCAACAGAGUUGUUCUCACUGGUCCCACAGACUCCGCAUUCCACCCAACAGUCGCCACUUACAAGUCAACAGUCACCAGACACUUUCUCUCAACAACCGAAAUCUCCAAUUUCGACGCAGCAAUCAACACUUACGACUCAAGAAUCUGAAAAUGAACGGAAAGAAGAAGUGACCACCCAACAACAAAAAACAGAGGAUCAAGAUACAGAUACAAAAAUACUAAACGAAGAUACAAACACCGACUUCACCAUUCAACGUUCCAUCUCAGAUCCUGAAGAAUUACAGAAAGUGCAGCGUCUGGAACUGCAGCGGGAACAAGAACGGAAAGAGAGACUGAAGAAAUUUCAAGAAGAACAAUUGAAACUGAUUCAGGAGCAAAGUGAGAGGCGACUUAAAGAAAGGCAAGAGGAAGAUAAGAGGGACGAAGAGAGGAGAUUAAAACUACAAGAGCAGCUCAGAAAAAUCCAAGAAGAAAAAGAGAAACGGAGAAAACAACAAGAAGAGGAACAACUCAGAUUAAUGCAAGAAAGGAAGGAAAGGCUGCUAAAACUACAACAGGAGGUGAAACUAAGAUUAAUUCAAGAAAAAGAAAGGCAAAAGAAGGAAGAAGAGGAGGAGCAACUGAGGACAAUUGAAGAACAGAAAGAUAAGGAAGAGAAGCAACAGCAGGAACCGUCACUAUCCUCAGUAAUUUACGCUCAGCCAACACCAGCAACAAAACAAACACUCCAAGAAAUUGUACUGCAGCCAAGCCAGAAUGAGCAGCGGCCUCGACAAAGAGCCAGAAUCGUCGAGGAGUCAGACCCAAGUGUUGCAUCGGAGCAACUGUUCUUGCAAAACGAAAGACAGAAACUUUAUUAUCAACUGAAAGAAGCCCAACAGCAGCAGGAAAGGAAACAACAGGCAAGUGACCAGAAACAGCAAAUUCAAGAACCUCUGCAAGGAACAAUAAACAACAAGAGGCCUGCAAAUCAAGUUACACAGCCCAGACCUGACCAGCGUAGUGCUCAUCAGUCUAAACUGAGUGAACUGGAAAAGCAGCUGCAUCAGAAACAACUCCAGGAUCAACUCCAGAAGCAAUUUCAGCUCCAGUUACUACAAAGGCAAGACCUUUUGCGUCAGUUGAAACUGGCGGUUUCAAAAGCAGCUACCCCUACAAAUGAAGACCAGAUCGCUCCAGGCCCCAUAGCCGUUUCAGGAGGAAACACAUCCGCUCAAUUGUUUCUCGCGAACGGACAGAAGAUACAAGUAGUGCAGAGUCCCAGACAAGGCCGUCCGCUAACGGAUACUGUGCCUGGUAACGAAUCUCCUCCAACGGCUUCAGUAUCAACUACAACGCAGAGACCUCCAAGGGCUUUAUUUGAGGAGCUCACAAAGGGGGUAUUACCGCCAGGUGCUGACUUCGAAGUAAUCCGACAUAAACAGGAUGGAGCACUUGAAGAUGUUGGAAAGCAGUUGCCACAGAAUCUACCCCAGAAGAAGGUUACAUUUGUGUUUCUAGAGGAACAAGAGGAUGGGUCAUAUAAAGUGAAAGGCGUUCGAGGUAGCCAUAUGGGACAGCCUGAAGGAGAUCAAACGCCUGCUAGUGACAUAGAGUCAAUCAUAAAGAAACUUCAGGAAGGUGAUCUGAAGCUACCAGCACCAUCCAACAUUCCAGUCGCACAGCAAAGCACAGUGCCUCAGUUACCAUCAAGUAUAUCAUCACCAAAGGUUUCUGAAAAUUUCAUUACUCAGUCCACCGUGAAUCCAAUUCCUACUACUUCUAAACCCAACAGUAUUAUUAAAACGGUUUCCUCAAAUUUUAAUAUCCAAUCACGUCCAACUACGGCAAAACCUAACAGUAUUAUAAAAACUGUUUCAUCGAACUUCAAUAUCCAGCAUCACCGAGGAAUGGAUUUCCUUCAGUCAGUGACAUUACCACCUCUUUAUGACGUUGAUUCAACGGUGAAUAGUAAAGCAAACAAGCAAACCAUUCAAACCGAUUUCUCGACUACGCAAUUGAACAGUCCUUACUCCGUGGACGCUCAUCCGACAGGACAGAAUGCAGCAGCCCCGGUAUAUCCGCAGACUGUUGCUUCCCCACACCCACAACAAGGUCCAGGUUCCAUAAAUCCUUAUACGAAGAUAAACCAACAACCAAGCAUUUAUUCAUCAAACGUCGAUGAUAAUACGCCUCAAUAUAAAAAGAAAAAUAGCCCUGUAACCACUUAUCCUACAAUUACCCAAUUUUCACCGACGGUUGCAGCUACGGCUUACUUCCCACAAAAUGAAUAUUCCCCAUCAAUAGUUCCGCAAUAUACAACGUUGGCUCCCAAGAAAAAGUUACUGUCGAAGGAACCAUUCCUGCCCACAGAUCCAUCAUUUGUGAAUCCAUCCCAGUCUUACGCGUCAUUCUUUGCAUCAGGAAAUAUCCCGAAACAAACAUUUCAGGGUCAGGAGACAUCGACUCCUGGAAUAAUUUACGCCAAUCCAACCACACAAGUGCCACUUCUAACAACAAACACGUCAGUACAGCAAGUUGUUUCUAAACAAAAGCAGCGUGACUUCCAUCAGAAUAUUGACGCCCCGUCUUUGAAAACACGAACAAGGGUAGCAGCGCCAUCUUCCCAGAAUAUUCUGAAGGAAUCUGAAAGACUUGUACCACUAGAAGAAGAUGGGUCAGUUGAGUACCAGACAACGGUGGGAGAAGUUCCGCUGUCGCUGGCUGACGUUCUCAAGAAAGAGGGUCUCUAUGCCAUGGCCAGGUUCCUCCGGGAGUCUGGACUAAACAACAUGCUUAACGACACUGGUCCAUACACCGUGUUUGCCCCGACAGACAAGGCGUUCCGUGCGUUGCUUGUGCAACUCGGGGGCCCCGAGAAAGCGGAAGAGAAAUUUAAGGAGAACCCUCGACUCUUGAGCGGGUUGCUGCUGCAUCAUGUAAUCCCUGGUGCCUUCGAGUUGUCGUCCCUGCAGGACGAGAUGACCGGAGUGAGUCUGGCGGGCACCCAGCUCCGGGUAAACACAUACACCACUCAGGAUGUUGAGUGGAACGACGUCAAGGUUGUGACCAUCAACGGGGCUCGCAUCUCACGAGAUAAGCACGACGUCCCUAUUCCUCAGGGCAUUGCCCAUGCUGUGGACAGGGUCAUGUUCCCACUUCCUGUCGGCAACAUCAUACAGACCCUCCGGUCAGACAGAGAGCGUCGGUUCACCAAGUUCCUGAGAGCGAUCCAGGUGUCAGGGCUCACGGAUAACUUCACAGGGAACAAGGUGUACACAGUGUUCGCUCCGACGGACCGAGCCUUCUCUGUGGUGGACACCGAGGAUCUGAACAAGCUGCUGACAGACGGGGACAUGUCUCGAGCACUUGUCCUGAGGCACGCAAUUCCAGGGACUCUGUACAGCUCCGGCAUGAGGUUCUACCAGCUACGCGACUCCCUGGAGAAGGGAUCCAGCAUUGCGCUUCACAAAUCCAACGGUCAAGUGAAGGCGAACUCAGCGGGUGUUGCGACCCACAACAUCCCUGCGACAAACGGAGUGAUCCACGCCAUAGACGGACUCCUGUAAGGAAAACAUUUCGACCUCUAAUACAUAAAGCUGUGUGCUGUGAGUUCCGUUAUAUAUGUUUAAUAACUUUUACGAAAGGCUUAGGAAGUGAUAACCUAUACUGAAAAGUAAUCAGCUCUGGACUUUUCAUAUUUCUAUAGCUUAUAUGUAUAUCCAUGGAAGAUGAUCAUGGAAUGCUGAUAGCAUUCUAAAGAGUGUAUAUUUAUGUAAUAAAUACAGGCAUUUUUUUUAAUA